UACGAGUGAGGCGAACGGGGUCUUCGUCUGCAAACUUUGACCCCCAGGCCUUCUCCUGUCUCUCCUAGCAAAGUGUGGAGUAAUCUUUCCUCCAUGAGCACAGUGUUUGCCAUCCAUUCCUGGCAAGUGGUGCCCUGUGUGAGCGCUUGAGACCGACCCGAAGGGACGCUCGAAAAUGAAAGUCUGCGCAUGAUAGCAAUCCAUAUUCUUCAUUUGGAGCAACGCUGGUGAGAGAUGAUGAAAAGAAUUUGUGGAGCAUGCCUCACGAUGCGUCCCACACAGAGGCAGACGACGACCGAAUCUUGUACAAUUUGAUAGUCGUUCGAAAUCAGCAGGCCAAGGAUUCAGAGGAGUGGCAAAAACUCAACUAUGACAUCUACACCCUGCGACAGAUUCGAAGGGAAGUGAGGAAUAGGUGGAAACGCAUUUUAGAAGAUUUAGGCUUUCAAAAGGAAGCAGACUCUUUGUUGUCAGUGACGAAACUCAGCACCAUCAGUGAUUCCAAAAACACAAGGAAAGCUCGGGAGAUAUUGUUAAGAUUGGCUGAGGAAACCAAUAUUUUUCCAGCAAGUUGGGAGCUCUCGGAGAGAUAUCUCUUUGUUGUGGACCGUCUUAUUGCUCUUGAUGCAGCAGAAGAGUUCUUUAAAAUUGCCAGUCGAACUUAUCCCAAGAAACCUGGGGUCCCAAACCUGGCAGAUGGCCAGAAAGAACUGCACUACCUUCCAUUUCCAAGUCCCUAAAGGAGAGGCUGGGAGGCAGAGCUGGGAUUCCCCCACGGGGACACAACAGCCAGCCCAAGUGGGACAAAUGCAUACAGGAGACCGUAAGCACGUGGAGGGCCAGUUAAGUGAAAAAUGAUUCUAAAUCCUAUAAAAAACUAGGGGUUUGGACAUCUGGUCUUCAUGAGGAUGCCACUGUAGGAAAAGUUCAGGUUGCAUUGAAACAGCCUGGUGAUCUUGCAUCAGGGAGUUAGGGUGAUAUUUCCUCAUGGGGGAUUGGAUUUCAAGAGCCCAUUGUCCCCAUUUGGGUUUUGGUUGUACAAUAAACUCUUGUCACUAAGCCUAUUGGGGGAAUGGGGUGCUCUAGUUAGGAAAACAAUAAGAUUGAUAGAGCUAUUGUUGAGCCCAAAUAUGGACUACUGAAUU